AUGGAUUUGCUAACGGCAGUAUCGGAAGGGAAGAUUACACAAGUAAGACAACUGAUCAAUCAGGGUGCUAACAUACACCAGACAGACCAAGAUGGAAACACGUGUUUACACAUUGCAGUGAAGAAAGACCAACUGGAUGUCAUCGAUUAUCUCAUUAAACAUAGAGCUGAUGUCAAAAAGACUACGUCAACAGGGCAAACACCCUUACAUCUUGCUGCCUCACAGGGACUCCAAAAGGUGAUGAAAAUUAUUCUCAGUCAUGGAGCUGAAGUGAAUAAAGGGGAUGAGGAUGGGUUGACUGCAUUACACAGUGCAUCUAAGAAUGGUCAUCUUGAUGUAACCAAGCAUCUCAUCAGUCAUGGAGCUGAAGUGAAUGGAGGGGAUAAUAUUGGGAGGACUGCAUUACACAUUGCAGCUAAGAAUCGUCAUCUUAAUGUCAUCAAAUAUCUCAUCAGUCAAGGAGCUGAAGUGAAUAAAGGGGAUGAGGAUGGGUUGACUGCAUUACACAGUGCAUCUAAGAAUGGUCAUCUUAAUGUCAUCAAAUAUCUCAUCAGUCAAGGAGCUGAAGUGAAUACAGUAGAUGAGACCUUUUUUACUCCAUUACACAGGGCAGCUCAAAAUGGUCAUCUUGAUGUUACCAAAUGUCUCAUCAGUCAAGGAGCUAAUGUCAAAAAGACUACGUCAACAGGGCAAACACCCUUACAUCUUGCUGCCUCACAGGGACUCCAAAAGGUGAUAAAAAUUAUUCUCAGUCAUGGAGCUGAAGUGAAUAAAGGGGAUGAGGAUGGGUUGACUGCAUUACACAGUGCAUCUAAGAAUGGUCAUCUUGAUGUAACCAAGCAUCUCAUCAGUCAUGGAGCUGAAGUGAAUAUAGGGGAUAAUACUAAAUGUACUGCAUUACACAGUGCAGCUAAGAAUGGUCAUCUUAAUGUCAUCAAAUAUCUCACCAGUCAUGGAGCUGAAGUGAAUACAGGGGAUAAUACUAAAUGUACUGCAUUACACAUUGCAGCUAAGAAUCGUCAUCUUAAUGUCAUCAAAUAUCUCAUCAGUCAAGGAGCUGAUGUGAAUAAAGGGAAUGAUACUGGUUUGACUGCACUAUAUAUUGCAGCAGAUUAUGGUCAGCUUGGUGUCAUCAAGCAUCUCAUCAGUCAAGGAGCUGAAGUGAAUAGAGGCAGUGAUACUGGUUGGACUCCAUUACACAUUGCAGCACAUAAUGGUCACCUUGAUGUCAUUAACUAUCUCAUCGGUCAAGGAGCUGAAGUGAAUAGAUGCAAUGAUACUGGUUGGACUGCCUUACACAGGGCGGCUCGGAAUGGCUAUCUUGAUGUCACCAAAUAUCUCAUCAGCCAAGGAGCUGAAGUGAAUAGAGGCAGUGAUACUGGUUUGACUGCAUUACACAGGGCGGCUUGGAAUGGCCAUCUUGAUGUCUCCAAAUAUCUCAUCAGCCAAGGAGCUGAAGUGAAUAGAGGCAGUGAUACUGGUCGGACUGCAUUACACAUUGCAGCACAUAAUGGUCACCUUGAUGUCACCAAGUAUCUAAUCAGUCAAGGAGCUGAUGUGAAUAAAGGCAAUGAUACUGGUUUGACUGCAUUACACAGGGCGGCUCGGAAUGGCUAUCUUGAUGUCUCCAAAUAUCUCAUCAGCCAAGGAGCUGAAGUGAAUAGAGGCAGUGAGACUGGUUUGACUGCACUACACAUUGCAGCAAAGAAUGGUCAUCCUGAUAUCAUCAAAUAUCUCAUCGGUCCAGCAGCCGAGGUGAAUAGAGAGAAUGAUACUGGUUUCACUGCAUUACACCUUGCAACAGAGAAUGGUCAUCUUAAUGUCAUCAAACAUCUCAUUAAUCAAGGAGCUGAAGUGAAUAGAGGGGAUAAUAUGGGUAGGACUGCAUUACAUCUUGCAGCUCAGAAUGGUCAUCUUGCUGUCGCCAAAUAUCUCAUCCAUCUAGGAGCUGAAGUGAAUACACAGAAUAUAACUGGUGGGACUGCAUUACACAGUGUAGCUGACAAUGGUCAUCUUGAUGUAGCCGUAUAUCUCGUCAGUCAAGGAGCUAAAGUGAAUAGAGGGGAUAAUAUUGGUAGGACUGCAUUACAUCUUGCAGCUCAGAAUGGUCAUCUUGCUGUCGCCAAAUAUCUCAUCCAUCUAGGAGCUGAAGUGAAUACACAGAAUAUAACUGGUGGGACUGCAUUACACAGUGCAGCUGAGAAUGGUCAUCUUGAUGUAGCCAAAUAUCUCAUCGGUCAAGGAGCUGAUGUGAAUAUAGGGGAAACAGAUGGUUGGACUGCAUUACACAGGGCAGCUCAUAAUGGUCAUCUUGAUGUCACCAAAUAUAUCAUCAGUCAAGGAGCUGAAGUAAAUAGAGGCGAUGAUACUGGUUGGACUGCAUUACACAUUGCAGCACGUAAUGGUCACCUUGAUGUUUGCAUAUAUCUCAUCAGUCAAGGAGCUGAUGUGAAUAUGAGGGAAAUAGGUGGUUGGACUGCAUUACAGAUUGCAGUUCAUAAUGGUGAUCUUGAUGUCACCAAGCAUCUCAUCAGUCAAGGAGCUGAAGUGAAUAGAAGGGAUAAGAAUGGAGGUACUGCAUUAGACAGUGCAGCUGAGAAUGGUCAUCUUGAAGUUGCCAAAUACCUCAUCAGUCAAGGAGCUGAAGUGAAAAGAGGCGAUAAUAUUGGUAGGACUGCAUUACAUCUUGCAGUUCAGAAUGGUCAUCUUGCUGUCGCCAUAUAUUUCAUCCAUCUUGGAGCUGAAGUGAAUGCACAGGAUAUAACUGGCGGGACUGCAUUACACCGUGCGGCUGAGAAUGGUCAUCUUGAUGUAGCCAAAUAUCUCGUCAGUCAUGGAGCUCAUGUGAAUAUAGGGGAAACAGAUGGUUGGACUGCAUUAACGAUUGCAGCUCAUAAUGGUCAUCUUGAUGUCACCAAAUAUAUCAUCAGUCAAGGAGCUGAAGUAAAUAGAGGCAAUGAUACUGGUUGGACUGCAUUACACAUUGCAGCACGUAAUGGUCACCUUGAUGUUUGCAUAUAUCUCAUCAGUCAAGGAGCUGAAGUGAAUAGAGGCGAUAAUAUUGGUAGGACUGCAUUACAUCUUGCAGUUCAGAAUGGUCAUCUUGCUGUCGCCAAAUAUCUCAUCCAUCUAGGAGCUGAAGUGAAUACACAGAAUAUAACUGGUGGGACUGCAUUACACAGUGCAGCUGAGAAUGGUCAUCUUGAUGUAGCCAAAUAUCUCGUCAGUCAUGGAGCUGAUGUGAAUAUAGGGGAAACAGAUGGUUGGACUGCAUUACAUCUUGCAGCUCAGAAUGGUCAUCUUGAUGUCACCAAAUAUAUCAUCAGUCAAGGAGCUGAAGUAAAUAGAGGCAAUGAUACUGGUUGGACUGCAUUACACAUUGCAGCACGUAAUGGUCACCUUGAUGUUUGCAUAUAUCUCAUCAGUCAAGGAGCUGAAGUGAAUAGAGGCGAUAAUAUUGGUAGGACUGCAUUACAUCUUGCAGUUCAGAAUGGUCAUCUUGCUGUCGCCAAAUAUCUCAUCCAACUAGGAGCUGAAGUGAAUACACAGAAUAUAACUGGUGGGACUGCAUUACACAGUGCAGAUGACAAUGGUCAUCUUGAUGUAGCCAAAUAUCUCGUCAGUCAAGGAGCUAAAGUGAAUAGAGGGGAUAAUAUUGGUAGGACUGCAUUACAUCUUGCAGCUCAGAAUGGUCAUCUUGAUGUCACCAAGCAUCUCAUCAGUCAAGGAGCUGAAGUGAAUAGAGGGGAUAAGAAUGGAGGUACUGCAUUAGACAGUGCAGCUGAGAAUGGUCAUCUUGAAGUUGCCAAAUACCUCAUCAGUCAAGGAGCUGAAGUGAAAAGAGGCGAUAAUAUUGGUAGGACUGCAUUACAUCUUGCAGUUCAGAAUGGUCAUCUUGCUGUCGCCAUAUAUUUCAUCCAUCUUGGAGCUGAAGUGAAUGCACAUGAUAUAACUGGCGGGACUGCAUUACACCGUGCGGCUGAGAAUGGUCAUCUUGAUGUAGCCAAAUAUCUCGUCAGUCAUGGAGCUCAUGUGAAUAUAGGGGAAACAGAUGGUUGGACUGCAUUAACGAUUGCAGCUCAUAAUGGUCAUCUUGAUGUCACCAAAUAUAUCAUCAGUCAAGGAGCUGAAGUAAAUAGAGGCAAUGAUACUGGAGCUGAAGUGAAUACACAGAAUAUAACUGGUGGGACUGCAUUACACAGUGCAGCUGAGAAUGGUCAUCUUGAUGUAGCCAAAUAUCUCGUCAGUCAUGGAGCUGAUGUGAAUAUAGGGGAAACAGAUGGUUGGACUGCAUUAAAGAUUGCAGCUCAUAAUGGUCAUCUUGAUGUCACCAAAUAUAUCAUCAGUCAAGGAGCUGAAGUAAAUAGAGGCGAUGAUACUGGUUGGACUGCAUUACACAUUGCAGCACGUAAUGGUCACCUUGAUGUUUGCAUAUAUCUCAUCAGUCAAGGAGCUGAUGUGAAUAUGAGGGAAAUAGGUGGUUGGACUGCACUACAGAUUGCAGUUCAUAAUGGUGAUCUUGAUGUCACCAAGCAUCUCAUCAGUCAAGGAGCUGAAGUAAAUAGAAGGGAUAAGAAUGGAGGUACUGCAUUAGACAGUGCAGCUGAGAAUGGUCAUCUUGAAGUUUGCAUAUAUCUCAUCAGUCAAGGAGCUGAAGUGAAUAGAGGCGAUAAUAUUGGUAGGACUGCAUUACAUCUUGCAGUUCAGAAUGGUCAUCUUGCUGUCGCCAAAUAUCUCAUCCAUCUAGGAGCUGAAGUGAAUACACAGAAUAUAACUGGUGGGACUGCAUUACACAGUGCAGAUGACAAUGGUCAUCUUGAUGUAGCCAAAUAUCUCGUCAGUCAAGGAGCUAAAGUGAAUAGAGGGGAUAAUAUUGGUAGGACUGCAUUACAUCUUGCAGCUCAGAAUGGUCAUCUUGCUGUCGCCAAAUAUCUCAUCCAUCUAGGAGCUGAAGUGAAUACACAGAAUAUAACUGGUGGGACUGCAUUACACAGUGCAGCUGAGAAUGGUCAUCUUGAUGUAGCCAAAUAUCUCGUCAGUCAUGGAGCUGAUGUGAAUAUAGGGGAAACAGAUGGUUGGACUGCAUUAAAGAUUGCAGCUCAUAAUGGUCAUCUUGAUGUCACCAAAUAUAUCAUCAGUCAAGGAGCUGAAGUAAAUAGAGGCGAUGAUACUGGUUGGACUGCAUUACACAUUGCAGCACGUAAUGGUCACCUUGAUGUUUGCAUAUAUCUCAUCAGUCAAGGAGCUGAUGUGAAUAUGAGGGAAAUGGGUGGUUGGACUGCAUUACAGAUUGCAGUUCAUAAUGGUGAUCUUGAUGUCACCAAGCAUCUCAUCAGUCAAGGAGCUGAAGUAAAUAGAGGCGAUGAUACUGGUUGGACUGCAUUACACAUUGCAGCACGUAAUGGUCACCUUGAUGUUUGCAUAUAUCUCAUCAGUCAAGGAGCUGAUGUGAAUAUGAGGGAAAUAGGUGGUUGGACUGCAUUACAGAUUGCAGUUCAUAAUGGUGAUCUUGAUGUCACCAAGCAUCUCAUCAGUCAAGGAGCUGAAGUAAAUAGAGGCGAUGAUACUGGUUGGACUGCAUUACACAUUGCAGCACGUAAUGGUCACCUUGAUGUUUGCAUAUAUCUCAUCAGUCAAGGAGCUGAUGUGAAUAUGAGGGAAAUAGGUGGUUGGACUGCAUUACAGAUUGCAGUUCAUAAUGGUGAUCUUGAUGUCACCAAGCAUCUCAUCAGUCAAGGAGCUGAAGUGAAUAGAAGGGAUAAGAAUGGAGGUACUGCAUUAGACAGUGCAGCUGAGAAUGGUCAUCUUGAAGUUGCCAAAUACCUCAUCAGUCAAGGAGCUGAAGUGAAUAGAGGCGAUAAUAUUGGUAGGACUGCAUUACAUCUUGCAGCUCAGAAUGGUCAUCUUGAUGUCACCAAGCAUCUCAUCAGUCAAGGAGCUGAAGUGAAUAGAGGCGAUAAUAUUGGUAGGACUGCAUUACAUCUUGCAGUUCAGAAUGGUCAUCUUGCUGUCGCCAUAUAUUUCAUCCAUCUUGGAGCUGAAGUGAAUGCACAGGAUAUAACUGGCGGGACUGCAUUACACAGUGCGGCUGAGAAUGGUCAUCUUGAUGUAGCCAAAUAUCUAUUCAGUCAAGGAGCUGAAGUGAAUAAAGGUGAUAAUAUUGGUAGGACUGCAUUACAUAUAGCAGCUAAGAUUGAUCGUCUUGAUGUAGCCAAAUAUCUCGCCAGUCAAGGAGCUGAAGUGAAUAGAGGGGAUAAUAUUGGUAGGACUGCAUUACAUCUUGCAGCUCAGAAUGGUCAUCUUGCUGUCGCCAAAUAUCUCAUCCAUCUAGGAGCUGAAGUGAAUACACAGUAUAUGACUGGUGGGACUGCAUUACACAGUGCUGCUGAGAAUGGUCAUCUUGAUUUAGCCAAACAUCUCGUCAGUCAUGGAGCUGAAGUUAAUAGAGGGGAUAAUAUUGGUAGGACUGCAUUACAUAUAGCCGCUAAGAUUGAUCGUCUUGAUGUAGCCAAAUAUCUCGCCAGUCAAGGAGCUGAAGUGAAUAGAGGGGAUAAUACUGAUUUGACUGCAUUACACCUUGCAGCUCAGAAUGGUCAUCUUCAUGUUUCCAAAUAUCUCAUUAGUCGAGGAGCUGACGUGAACAGAGAAGAUAAUGAUGGUCAGACUGCAUUGCGAUUUACUGACCAGAAUAGUCAUGUUGAAGUUAUGGAAUACUUGAUAAGUCGAGGAGCGAAAACAGACAAAUGGAUGGCUUAUGGCGGUGCUACAGUAAUCUCUACCGUUCAGGAUGAUCGCCGUGAUAUCGUUGCUGAUCUCCAGUCACCAAGAGCACGUCCUGAGGUAGACGAAAUCCACGGAACGAUUCAUCUAGAGCCCACUUUGCUGCCUGGGUUCCAAAAUAUCGCUGAGAGUUUAGUCACAUGUUCCACGUCCGAGGUAAGAUCUUUAUAUUAA